CUCUAUCCGGUGCACGAAGAGCUUCAUUCCUAUCUGCCCUUACGGAUACUCAGAAGAAAAUAUCACGAAUUCCGACUCUUUCAGCCGUACAAAUUGCUAGAGUGUUCGCUGUCUCCCAACCACUUCUGCGUAACCGUUUAAAGAGCUACGUCGAUACGGAGUAUCAGCGAGGAUGUUUGCUUACAGUAUCCCACCUAAGAGAUGAACUUCUCUCUUUAUCGGCCGCGUCGGCAGCUGCUUACAGGCCAAGUGUGUCGGCCAAAGGUCCAACGAAGCAGAAUUCUGUCACAACAGAUCAAAUGCCAGCAACGUUUUCGAACAUCACCUUCUCGCCCAGCUCUAUCUGUUCCUCUUCGAAAGUCUCAAAAGUCAAUGAAAGGUCGGGCUUUCUCCACGGCUGCCAUCGCAAGAUCUGAACCCUUACGUCCAUCCACAACAAGCGCAGACAUGUCACCUCGAAUCCUCAUUUUCGGAACGGGUAGUAUAGGCGCCGUAUAUGCCUACAUCUUCUGUCGAGCUGUAUCUCCCGAGAACGUCUUUACCGUCUGCCGCUCGAACUACGAAGUCGCAUCAUCCCAGGGCUUCACCAUCAAUUCGAGCCUCUUUGGACAAAAUCUCAACGUCCGACCUCAAAUCGUCCGCACAGUCGACGAGGCAGUCUCUCGAUCAGGAGGCAAGCCGUUCGACUAUGUCGUCGUAACUGCCAAAGCCAUCCCCAGCACACCAUCCAUCCCCGAUCAAAUCGCCCCAGCCGUUUCGUCAAACACCACCAUCGCCGUCAUCCAGAACGGCAUUGCCGUAGAAGAUAUUUACGUAUCAAAAUUCCCCAACAACCCGCUCCUCAGCUGUGUCGUCUACCUCCCCGCGACCCAGACCUCCCCUGGUACCAUCUCGCAUGGCGAGGUAGAACGCCUUCACAUCGGCACAUAUCCAGCAAAAGCACCAGAAGCCCACACGUCCCGUGCCGAGUCAUUCGCCUCUUUGCUCGGUUCUGGCGGCGGCACAGCCCACGUCCACGAGGACGUCCAGUCCGAGCGAUGGAGCAAACUCCUCGUCAAUGCCUCCUGGAACCCAAUAUGUGCUCUCUCGCGCAGCCGCGACGUACAAUUCAUGCACUCCUCCUCCGAAGCGACUGACGUCGUCAGGCAGAUCAUGCUCGAGAUCGCCUCAGUCGCCCAAGCCGCUGGAUACCCCGUCAUUUCCGAAUCGAAAGUUGACCACCAGCUCGGCCGCGCAAAAGCACGCUCUCUGCCCGGCGUACAGCCGAGUAUGCUUGCGGACGCACUGGCAGGUCGAAACAUGGAAGUCGACGCCAUCGUUGGGAAUACCCUCCGGAUAGCCGAGGAGAAGGGCGUCAAAACACCGCUCCUCAAGGCAAUUUAUGCUUUAGCAAAGGCUCUCGACACGAGUUUCACGAAGGCGAGAGACGGCCAUUCAGUAUCCGGCGCGAGGGGAGAUCGUCUCCGCUAGACAUGCUCAAACCAGCUCACCACGGAAACAGUGCCGUCUUUCUGUCUUCAAAGUGUGCGAGCUCACCGAUGCCCGCCAUCUCUUCUCUUCUCUCCUUGACGGGACUCGCUCUGGCCACGCCCGUCCAACUCAGACAUUCUACCUCGCCCCGCUGCCCCUCAACUCAGAUCAGGGUAUUCUGUACCUCACCCGCCGCGCUGCCCCGUCUAGACCCAACCUCGAUAUCUCAAACCCCUCGAUUUUCUGCCAACAAUCGUACACAACGGACGGUAAACCUGCCCAGGUAGCCCCCAGGAACACAACCCGGGACACUCACUCUUCUUGCGGUGUGUACAUAUCUGGGACGGUGGGGUUCCCUUUCUCUCCGGCGCCCACUCCUCCCCAGAAGCAAUAACCUGCAUGAGACCUCGCAGCAUCACCGGGGGGGUAUACUACGUACAUUCCUGGCAUGACUGAGGCCGGCCUGGCCGACGACGCGGGGUUGUCUCCCCCGCCUGGCUUGGAUGUUGAAUUUCCUCAUUUUUGUGGAUCUCUUCUUCCAAAGGCUCGCGAAGACUUCAAGUUCGUUGGCAUGAGGAGGGCCUUACUUAGGAGGCAGGGUUCGAGCCGCGGUCCUAUGCGCCAUAUCAUGAACUACUUUAAAGGCUUUCCCGGCUUCUUCUGCUAGCCUGGGAUGAAAUUGCGAGGGUGGAAGGAGAAGGCGGAAGUGACCACUGAAUCACUGAUUGAUGAUCGAUCAGCUUGCCAGGCUAUACCAGGAUGUGGCCUUUACAGUAUAUAUGGCGACAUAGAAAUCUCAAUACUAGUAUUAG